AUGGGAGAUCUUACGCAACUGAAGGGCACCGUUUACAUCCCAGAUCCCUCGACGCCCCUCUAUAAAUUACUCUCGCGAUGGUCUGACACGGGAGUCAUCGCCUGCCCGGCUGUCAUUGUGGUUCCGGAAUCAGAAGACGAUAUCAAGAUUGCCUUGGCGUAUGCAAGGGAAAAUAAACUUCAAGUCUUUCCCGCUGGCGGGGGUCAUGGAUCAUUUGUUCCUAUCACGUCCCGAACGCUCUAUCUCGAUUUGAAGAAGUUUGAUCAAGUCCAAGUGAACCGCAAGGCUCAGACUGUGACUGUUGGAGGCGGUGCUGUGACAGCCCAAUUAAUUAAGACAUGCACUGCGCAGGGCUUCUUCACGACAUGGGCCAACAGCAACACGGUUGGGGUGGUCGGGAGCAUGUUGGGGGGUGGUAUUGUAGGUCUUUGCCUCCUGGUUUCAGUCUACACUUUCCGUACGGUAUACUUAGUAUAUCAAUCUAACUCAAUCAACCCAGCCAACAACAACUGGAUUACAAGGACUCAUGAUCGAUCAUGUCCUCCGCAUCCGUCUCAUCACCGCUGGGGGGAUAUCGCAGAGGUCGGCCCGUUUUCGACCGGCGAGCAUCUCGCGUUGUUCCAUGCUCUUUGUGGAGCAGGAAACGGACUUGGCGUCAUCACCGCAUUAACAAUGAAGAUCUUUCCACUCGCCGAUCUAGACCUGUCACCAGAUGGGGUCUGGGUUCGCAGAUUGAUAUUUCCUGCUCCAGCAAUCGAUGUGGCGGCAGACACGUUCAACAAACUCCAUCCGCUCCCGCCAGCCAUGGCCUUGACUCUGCUGAAUGCGAGAGCUCCGCCAACUGCACCUCAGCCGGGCGCACCGAUGAUCAUUCUUACUGUGACUUAUUACGGGUCCUCCAAACACGGGGAGCAGGCAGCUUCGCUGCUAUUCGAGGCGGAGCUCGUGUCUCAAACCAUCACCGCCCAGACCAUGUUCACACCGAUGGUCAGCAUCAAUGACAGUCUCGAGCCCCUCAACGCCCAUGGCGGGUUCAAAGAUGUCCAUUCUGCCUGGAUAAGGAGCACCAAGGGUGAGACCAUUCAGGCCGCAUUCACAAAAUGGCUCGACUUCACCACCACCCACGAGGACGCGACGCACACUACCUUGGUUCUGAGCAGCUGUAACCCGCAGAAACGGAUGGAGAUUGCCGAGACAGCCGAAGGACAAGCAAGAUUCUUCGACCAUCGAGACCGAGGUAUCCAGGCUAUAAUUGUGAGCUGGGUUACGAAUGAAUCAACCCAGUCUGCGGCAACGAACUUCGCAGACGAGAUCAAGGCUUUGUAUAGACAGAAUGAGCUGCCUUCAGACCCACCAAGAACUAUACUGAACAAUCUGGGGCCUAGUACUAAGCUAGAGGAGUUGCAUACCGCGGACAAGAUUGAGCAGCUGAGAAAACUGGCGAGGGUGUGGGAUCCCAGUGGUAUUUUUUGGCAGCCGUGGGACAGGGAAUGA